AUGUCGCAACAACCAACACCCAGAUCUCAGAGAGCAGGAAGAAGCUCAGACGAUUCACAAACACAGACAGCAACACCCCCAGUAUCAUCCAGACAAGGAAGGACAGCAGCACCACCUCCCUUUCCCCAACCCGACGUCGCUCAACUCCACACCAGAGAACAGGCGGACACAUUUUACAAAGCCAGAACACAUUGGCCACAGUUUUACGCAGAAAGCCACCCACAACUAAUACCCAGAACACAACACGAUCCCCCAGUAGUUGCAGCAGACGUCUACGACAAAAACGACUUUGAAGAAUAUGCAGCGGAAGGUGAACCAAUACCACCUCCCACACCACAGAUACUUCACACAGCACCCAAUCCAUCUCCAGUUCCACCAACACGCACCAUGUCUAAUGCUGCAGCAUCCAAACCCACAAUGAUUGGAAAGGUUGAUGACUUCAAUGGGACCCCAGAUAAGGCCCAAAGAUGGAUAUCAUCCACUGAUUUACACUUCAAUAUCAACGACACCAUUUACACCUCUGACAAGAAAAAGGUGUACGUGGCCCUCAGCUACAUGAAGGAUGGAACCGCCGCCUCAUGGAGUGAAGCCAAGAUGACCAAAUACAAAGAGAAGAACACCUACCCCACGUGGGCAGACUUCAUGAAAACCUUCACAGCCAGUUUCAGAAUGGCAAACGUCAAAGGAACAGCCUCGGCUGCCUUGAUGAAAAUGAAAAUAGAACCAGGAGAAAAUGCAGUGGCAUUUAACUCAAGGUUCAUGCUAGAUGCCAGAAAGAGCGGCAUCAACAAUGAAGCCAUGAUCAUGGUUUAUCAGAAAGCGAUCUGA